AUGUCUUAUCGUAGCAUUGAUGUUGAUAUUAUAGACGAAGACCAAUUAGUUCAAGAAGAACUGUUUGCUUUCGUUGGCGGUACAGAAAUUGACUCAGAAGUAGCCUUAAAAGAUGUUCAAGCAAAAGCACUGACAACUGGCAUAGAAAAUCCGCCGUACGGUUCACAUAAGACUGACGCCAAGGAACAAAAUACAAAAAUUGUUAUGGAGGUCCUUAACUCUAUUAAAGCAACAGAUAUUCCCUCACUAGUUAAAAAUUUAACAUUAGAACAACAAGAUGUUUUAAUGAAAUAUAUUUAUCGUGGAAUGGCAUCACCAGAAUUGUAUAAUUCUGCCGUACUUUUAAAUUGGCACGAAAAGCUCACCGAAGUUGCUGGUGUUGGAUGUAUUGUACGG